AUGAUUUCUGCUACAAAUUGGGUCCCAAGAGGAUUUUCUUCGGAAUUUCCUGAAAAGUAUAUCUUGGAUGAUGAAGAAAUGGAAAGAAUCAACCAAUUAGCGCAAUUGAACUUGGAUGAUGCUAAGGCCAGCUUGGAAGAAGUAGAAGGUAAACCUGAGGUCGAAGAUGAUACUGAGGCUAAACCUGCCCCAGCCGGUUCUGAAAGAUUGAAAGAUCAGCUUGAGAUAGAUGAUGAUUUGAAAGAAUAUAAUAUGGAGGAGUACGACGAGGAAGAGGCUACUGAUAAUGAAGAUGGUAAAGACGUAUCUAUGUUUCCAGGUCUAAGCAACGACAGCGACGUUAAAUAUCAUGAAGGUGAAGAAGGCGAAGAUCCAUAUAUUUCAUUGCCUAAUCAAGAGGAUACUCAGGAGGAGAAGCAAGAGUUACAAGUUUAUCCAUCUGAUAACUUGGUUCUUGCCACAAGAACGGAGGAUGACGUUUCAUAUCUGGAUGUUUACGUUUAUGACGAUGGUGCCGGGUUCCACAGCGAUGAUAUUCCGGUCGAAGAAGGUGAUGAGGCUGACCCAGAUGUCGCUCGUGGUCUGGUUCGUGAUCCUGCACUAUACGUUCACCAUGAUUUAAUGUUGCCCGCGUUCCCAUUAUGCGUGGAGUGGCUUGAUUACAAAGUCGGAUCCAGUUCUGAAGAAGCUGCUAAUUACGCUGCUAUCGGUACAUUUGAUCCGCAAAUUGAGAUUUGGAACUUGGACUGUGUUGACAAAUCCUUUCCAGAUAUGAUUUUGGGUGAACCUCAUGACAAUUCAAUGGCAUCUUUGCAAAGCAAAAAAAAGAAGAAGAAGACCAAAAAUCAACACAUUACUACCCAUCAUACCGAUGCUGUCUUGUCCAUGGCACACAAUAAACACUUCCGUUCUGUUUUAGCAUCCACCUCCGCAGAUCAUACUGUAAAACUAUGGGAUUUGAAUUCAGGUAACGCAGCUCGUUCUUUGGCUUCUAUUCAUUCAAACAAGAAUGUUUCAUCUUCCGAAUGGCACAUGUUGAACGGUUCCGUUCUUUUGACCGGUGGUUAUGAUUCUCGUGUAGCUUUAACAGAUGUUAGGAUUUCUGACGAAAGUCAAAUGAGUAAAUACUGGUCUGUCAUGUCUGGCGAAGAAAUCGAAACCGUUACGUUUGCUAAUGAAAAUAUAAUAUUGUGUGGUACCGAUUCUGGUAAUGUAUACUCUUUUGAUAUUAGAAACAACGAAAACCGUAAACCCGUUUGGACAUUAAAAGCACAUGAUGCUGGUAUCUCCACCUUAUGUUCGAGCAAGUUCAUCCCUGGUAUGAUGAACACUGGGGCUAUGGGUGAAAAAACUAUCAAGCUGUGGAAAUUCCCCUUGGAUGAAGUUACAAACGGCAGAGGCCCAAGCAUGGUUCUUUCUCGUGACUUUGAUGUCGGUAAUGUCUUGACAUCAUCGUUUGCUCCAGAUAUUGAAGUAGCAGGCACCAUGGUUAUUGGUGGUGUCAACAAGGGUCUGAAACUAUGGGAUGUUUUCACCAAUAGAUCCGUACGCAGGAGCUUCAAAAGUGAAUUAGAGGAUGUGCAAACGAGGGCCAAAGAAGAAGCCAAACAGCUAGGCAAGAGUUCAAGAAUCGCAAGAAAAUACACCAAUAACGAUAAUCCAGAUACUGUUAUUACCAUUGAUGAUCAGGGUGAAGAUGAAGAAGAAAGAGAAGGAGAAGACGAGCAUGACGACAUGGCAUAA